UGGGGGUAAGUUUUGUUUUAUUGCAUUUCUCCAUGACUAGCUCCAACGGCCAGCUGCUGGCAUUUUUUCUUUAAAGUGGCUGUGCAUUAUAUCCUGCUGAUCCCAAACAAACCCCCCAGCACAGAACCAUGGUUAUCCAAAAGGAGCGUAUCUCAUACUUUUAUGAGAGUGAGGUUGGUGGUGCGUAUUAUGGUCCCAACCAUCCAAUGAAGCCCCAUCGAAUCUGCAUGACCCAUAGCUUGAUCCUUGCAUAUGGGCUGCACAAGCGAAUGGAGAUGUAUCGUCCUCACAGAGCGUACCCUGUGGAGAUGGCCCAGUUUCACUCUGCCGAUUACGUGGACUUUUUGCACAGGAUAACUCCAGAAACCCAAGAUCACUAUGCGAAAGAGAUUGCACGAUACAACCUUGGAGAAGACUGCCCAGUGUUUGACGGUUUGUUCGAGUUCUGCAGAGUGUACACUGGAGGAACAAUUGAUGCUGCGCACCGACUGAACCACGGCAUGUGCGACAUUGCAAUCAAUUGGUCAGGAGGACUUCAUCAUGCCAAAAAGUUUGAGGCGUCCGGGUUUUGCUACAUCAACGAUCUUGUGCUGGGGAUUCUGGAAUUGCUCAAGCAUCACGCAAGGGUGCUGUAUGUUGACAUCGACAUACACCAUGGGGACGGGGUCGAGGAGGCCUUUUACCACACAGAUCGCGUCAUGACAGUGAGCUUCCAUAAGUAUGGAGAUGCAUUUUUCCCCGGCACAGGAGACGUGAAAGACAUAGGGGAGAAGGAGGGAAAGUACUAUGCUGUGAAUGUCCCAUUCAAGGACGGCGUUGACGAUGGCUGCUUCUUGAGAAUGUUCAAGCCCAUCAUGCAGAAGGUGAUGGAGAUUUACAGGCCGGGAGCAGUUGUUCUGCAAUGCGGAGCGGAUUCACUCGCGGGGGAUCGUCUUGGCUGCUUUAGUCUAUCGCUGGAUGGUCAUGCAGAGUGUGUAAAGUACAUGAAGAAGUUCAAUGUGCCCCUCCUUGUGACGGGAGGCGGAGGUUACACGAAGCAGAAUGUGGCCCGGUGCUGGGCAAAUGAAACAGCAGUUCUGCUAGAGCAAACGCUGGAGAACGAGAUUCCGGCCAACCCAUAUUAUGGGUACUUUAAGCCAGACUUCAAGUUGAAAAUAAACCCAUCUAUGCUCAACACCGUUGAAAAUGCAAACGGAAAGUCCUAUCUCAAUCUCAUCAAGGUUCAGGUUAUGGAGAACCUACGCCAUAUUAUUCACUCCCCGAGCGUAGAAAUGCAGGAGGUCCCGCCAGACACGUACUUACCAGAGUUUGACGAAGAGGAACUGAACCCAGAUGAACGGAUGCAUGAAGCGCUACAGGAUAAGAUGAUUCAACCUGAUGGAGAACUAUAUGAGGAUGACCAUGACAACGAUCACGACAUGGAGGAAGGGUAAGUGGGAGGAUAAGCUUUGUGUGUACACACUUACAAGGGCGAUGUGACUCUGUCAGUGCAUGACACAGAGGUGGUAUUGCACGACUUUUUCUUUGGGUUGUAGCUUGGAUAAGUGGUGGUGGACUACGGUGGUUUUGUAGACCCUUUGUGCUCAAGAGGCCUGCUAAUAGGUGAAGCAGAGGUGGUAUUGCAUGAGCAGCAGCACAUCAGUGGGAUGACAGAGGACCGACUUUAGUAGAAAGGGACUGGAGGGUAUGCAAUUGGAGAGAGAAGUAAUUGCGGUCAGAUAUGUCCAGUGCUGGCCUUGAAUCAAACAAGAUUCUUGGA